AUGUCUCCGCCGUCAGUCGGCUCUGACCUCGACAUCGACAUCGACACUGACAGCGUGAUAGUCGGCAAUGGUCCCUCGUCCAUGAUCCUGUCCUACAUCCUGCAUGGCCACAUCCCGUACUAUGACGCGGACACCCCGCAUCCCGACUCUUUACUGCACGCCAAACUAAAAGACUCGCCAUGCCUCCUUCGCCCGGACCUUGAUUCUCUGACAUGCCAUUUCGGUGCAUCUUCGUUGUCGUAUUCCACGCAAGCAUUACCCAUCAACGUCCUGCUCGACACGCUCCUCCGCCCUCAGGGCGAAGUCGACGACCUCGGCGAGGUCACAAACGUGCAAUGGCACCUCAAACCGCACCGCGCAGUCCCGCACGUAGUCGUCGGCAACGCGCCCCAACCAGGUGGUCUCUGGGCCAUGGAGGAUCCGAUUCACAUUAGCUGGGACAUUGGGACAUUGAGUUAUGCCGGCAUGCUAUCUUUGCCGGGGUACACAUUCGCCGACCAUUAUCGCAAGACUACCGGCAAAGAAUUGGCGGCUUUUACGCGACCGAGUCGUCGAGAAUUGGCAGGGUAUCUGCGCGUGUAUCCUGCGGAAGCAGGAAUCGCAGAUUCUUUUCGCGAUAAUACUAUGGUCGACGGGAUACAUCGCAUACCCGGGGGAUUCUAUAUCCCCUCCCAUCGCAUUCGGUGUAAACAUCUCGUUUUGGCUAGUGGGAUUUUUUCGCAUCUCAUUCAACCGCCACCUGUCCUAGCGCCGUUGCUUAAAUUUCCCAAGAGCGAUCCAUCCCAUCGAUACCCGCUGUUGGUGGUAGGAUCGGGAUUCACAGCCGCAGAUGCGAUUAUAUCAGCUCCACCUGGUCAGCCGAUUCUGCAUACAUUCCUCUGGAAUCCGAAUGGCAGGCCAUCGCCGCUAAAAAGCUGCCAUCAACAGGCAUACCCGGAAUACGCGGGAAUUUAUCGGCUUAUGAAACGAGCUGCCCUGUCGUCAUCACACGCUGGAAAGAAGCAGAAAGCUCGUCGAUUAGCGUCGACGUCGUUUUUGGAAAGCCGGAAUUGGGAUGAUAUAUACGAGGGAGUGCCAAAUUGUACGAUUGAGGAUGUACAAGUCAAAGAGAACCAUGCGAUUGUGACACUUGCCCUUGAAGAUGGCACGAAACUCUCCCGUCUCGUGUGCGGAUUGGUUUAUGGCGUCGGCCGACUAGGCACUCUCGACUAUCUAGACUCUUCCCUGCGCGCAGAUGUCCUGAAAGAUGCAAAUGUUUCAGACAACGGUAUGUUGUCUGCAAAAACUCUACGGAACAAAGUCAUGGAAGACCUCGAAGUUGCACCGGACGUAUUCGUCAUUGGCAGUUUGACUGGCGAUUCUCUGAUUCGAUUCGCCUAUGGCGGAUGUGUAUAUGCCGCAUAUUCGUUGAUAUCAGCAUCCGGCGAAUGCAGUGGAAUGUGUACUCCCAAACAACCCGCUGGAACACCCACAGGAGGACGCCAUGCGCUCAUGAACGGGGUUGAUGGACAUGCGGUACGGCCAGAGUCAAGAACGAAAGUCAGUUUUCAAAACGAUUGCCAGGAACUGUCAUCCAGCCAGCCACAAAAAAAUUCAUGGUGGAAUACUAUUCGCAGUUUAUUGUUUUGA